AUGAACCCCGAGUACCGUUGUGAUUUAGGUUCGACACCGAUACUGACCCGACGGCAGCUUCUCCUCAUCGGUGAUUCCGGUGUUGGAAAGUCUUGCCUUCUCUUGCGAUUCGCCGACGACACCUACACCGAGUCCUACAUCUCCACCAUCGGUGUUGACUUUAAAAUCCGCACGAUAGAGCUCGAUGGAAAGACGGUGAAGCUGCAAAUCUGGGAUACUGCCGGCCAGGAGCGUUUCCGCACCAUCACUUCCUCCUACUACCGUGGUGCCCACGGCAUCUGCGUCGUCUACGACGUCACCGACAUGGACUCCUUCAACAACGUCAAGCAAUGGCUUCAGGAGAUUGACAGAUACGCCACCGAGGGCGUCAACAAGCUGCUUGUCGGCAACAAGAGCGAUAUGUCCGACAAGAAGGUUGUCGAGUACACCGUCGCCAAGGAAUUCGCCGACAGCUUGGGCAUCCCCUUCCUCGAAACCUCUGCAAAGAACGCCAGCAACGUCGAGCAGGCUUUCUUGACCAUGGCCCGCCAGAUCAAGGAGCGCAUGGGCAGCACGACCGCGAACAACACGAAACCCUCCGUACAGGUCGGCCCCGGCCACGGCGUCUCCUCGAACUCGGGAGGUGGCUGCUGCUAA